GCACCAAUUCUAAAUAUAUAUCGCGUUUAUCGACUGCCGACUUAUAAAAUAAACAAACCCGUAAUUGAUAUCAUUAAAAAGUUAAUGAUUUACUUAAAUCGCAAUGCAUAUUGCAAUUCAAUUAUGCAAUAUUAAGUAAGGCGUUAUUAAUGCAAUGUUGCUUUGCAUUGCUUUGCGUGGCAAAAAAUAAAAUAAUACUAAUACUGUGAUAACGCCGCGCACACAAACAUAACAUCGCUGACAACAGACACUAAAUAAUAUUUUAAAAAAUUAAAUAAAAAAUGAUAAGGACGCGUACUCAAACAUAACGUUGCUUACAGCACACACACACACACACACACACAUACAAUGGUGGGUGAGAGCGAAUCAGGCAACGUACACGACGUAAUCAAUAUAAAUAGCAAUGGCAAAGCACUGCAGACGGCUGCAUCCGCUUCCCAAUCGCCGUCACAGCGUAAACUCUCAUCCGCAUCGAAAGCGACGACAACGGAAUUGCGCAUUCUCUGCUUUGAUCUAACUUACUACAAUCGUACCACUAAAUUUUUGUUGAGUUGUGCUGGCGUUUUUAUACUUUACAUCAUCUACGGAUAUCUGCAGGAGCUGAUAUUCACAGUUGAGGGCUUCAAACCAUAUGGAUGGUUUCUCACCCUGGUGCAGUUCGGCUACUAUAUUGGCUUCGGCCUGGUGGAACGUCGCUUGGAGGCCUACCGAACAUAUGGCGGCCCAAUCUGGAGCGUUCAGCCAGCACCACGUAGCAUACCGUUGCAGACAUAUAUUGUGCUUGCCGCGCUUACGCUCGGCACAAUGGGCCUGUCGAACUCGAGUCUUGGCUAUCUGAACUAUCCCACUCAAGUAAUCUUCAAGUGCUGCAAGCUAAUCCCUGUGCUCGUUGGCAGCAUCAUAAUACAGGGCAAGCGCUAUGGUCCUCUGGACUUUGCUGCUGCAACAGCCAUGUGUGUGGGCUUGGCAUGGUUUACACUGGCCGACUCGCAGCUGACGCCCAACUUCAAUCCCCUUGGCGUUGCCAUGAUAUCCGGCGCAUUGUUGUGUGAUGCCGCCAUUGGCAAUGUCCAGGAGAAGGCGAUGCGGGAGCACAAAGCGUCUAGCAGCGAGGUGGUUUUCUACUCCUACGGACUCGGCUUUGUCUAUCUGUUUGUGAUCAUGUUGCUCACCGGGAACUUCUUUAGUGGCUUUGCCUUUUGUUUGGCCCAUCCGUUAGAAACCUUUGGCUACGGCUUCCUGUUCAGUCUCUCUGGUUACCUGGGCAUACAAUUCGUCUUGGCUUUGGUCAGGAGCAGUGGAGCUCCGCUUGCUGCCACGGUGACCACUGCGCGCAAGGCAGUCACCAUUGCCUUCUCGUUCCUGCUCUUCAGUAAACCCUUCACAGUGCAAUAUAUCUGGUCUGGGCUGAUCGUUGUCUUGGGAAUUUAUCUGAAUGUAUACAGCAAGAAGAGCAACCUGACCUUUGCAGACUUGCAGCAUAGGCUCAAGCAAUGCAGUGCGAGAUUAUCUCGUUCCUCAAGUCGCAAAUUCCUUAUUGAAGUAUAAUAGAGUUUACCAAAAAACAUAAAGUCGGAACAAUAUUUAUAAGAUAACUAUGUACUAUUCUUAAGUAUACAUAAAGCAUUCAAAAUGUAAAA